AUGCAGGUUGAAAUCGUACUGGACGAAAAAAAAUUGCCCGGCAUUGAUAAACUAAUGACAGAAAUCCUAACACUGUUAGACGUUUGUGUCAGUCGGUUAUGUCGCUUCGACCUUCGGUUAGAAGACAUCCCUAUCAGCGUACUAUCUGGCUUCUCCCAGCUUGCAUCUAGAGCCACGUAUCUACAGCAGCUCUCGCUUUGCAAUGUGUCUUCCAGACGAACUUCCUUUGAUCUAGCCGAAGGCGGAGAUUACUCUUCGUUGUGCAAUAUUACUUCCUUAUCACGCCUCAGAUUCACCGGACUGUCUCUUCCAUUUAAUCCGCAUCUCGUUUCGCUCGAUGUACGUGACCUCCAACUCACAUAUUCCGACUUGCAAACAAUCUUUGGAGUGGAAUGUCGUUUACGAAACCUGGUGCUCUAUGGCCUUCGCCCAAUUCACCCAUCCCCUCAAUCCCCUAGCAGACCAAUUCAAGUUAAAUCUCUUAAAACCAUUGCAUUGUCAAUCAAUGCCGCUAUCGCAUCCGUGGACUCGACUUAUCCUUUUUCGUUUCUUGAUAUGCCCAACGUGACAUACUUGGAGAUGGAUUGCAGCGCAUCUCUUACCGCUAUUUUUGGAAAGUCACUGGCGUCGGCAAACAUCGAUACUCUCAAAUUUACGAACCAUUUACCUCGUCUAGUGGCUCCACCGCAUACUGUGGAAAACCACGAGGAAAUUCAAUUUCUACAAUCCUUUUCCAGUCUACGCAAACUGGAGCUCACCCAUGUACCCGCUAAAUUUCUGUUGAGCAAGUUCACGACUAACAGUAGUCCCUCAAGGCGCGAGGUGACUCGGCAACGCUCGAUAGGCUCUCAUAUGCUCCAAGCCAGUCGAGUGGAUUAUCGCGCACACAACAUCACCGUUGAACCAUUGGAAGAAACGGUCGCGACCUGGCCUAAUCUCGCCUUUAUUCGUCUUGAUACAGCCAUUGCAGAAGACGUUGUAUCCUUGAUUUCAUUCAUACAAUGUCACAGAAGCGUCCGUACCAUUGAGCUCUCUACAUCAGCAAUGCGACAUCUCAGCUUCUUAAAAAGAAAGGGCGAUACCGUUUCUACUAGCCCUCCGGAUAUUUUAUUCCGACUUAACCGGAGACGUACUUUGGAGGGCGAUGAGGGCUCCACAGAGGACGUUAAAGAGUGGUUGAGCAGCAUAGUUGACUUGAAGACAGCCGCGCCGACCAAUAACCUAUUAUCAAAUGGCGGAUCUGGCCUGCUUUCACGAUUGCCGUAG